CCAGUCAAAACAGGUCGAUACUAUUGGAUCGAUGCCUAAAUUCGCCCUGCUUACUGCCUCUACUGCAUACAGUAUGAGGAAAGCAAAGAGUGAGAUCGGGGGUUGGACCCCGGACGACCCUUCCUGUCUGGUAGAACAGUUCUCUCCUGACUACAAUGAGUGGAAAACAGCAGCAUGCAUGGUUAAUCGUCGUGGCAAUGUGGCUGUAGGCUCACUGGAUGGCCAGAUCUACACCGUGGGUGGGGAAGAUAAUGUCCGCUGCAACAGCAAUGUGGAGAGGUACAACCCAGACACAGACAGCUGGAGUGCAGAUGUAGCACCCUUGAGCAGCCCACGCAGCGGAGUAUGUCUGGUGGCAAUGGAUGGAUACCUGUAUGCUGUUGGAGGACAUGAUGGCAUUACUGCCAUGAACACUGUGGAGAGGUACGAUCCGAAAAUGAACAUGUGGAGCAAGCAGGCAGCGAUGCUGACCAGACGCACCAGAGCAGCGGCUGCUGUGCUGGAGGGUCACCUGUAUGUGAUUGGAGGGAAUGAUGGGGAUAUGGCACUAAGCUCAGUGGAGCGUUACAACCCUGUAGACGGUACUUGGUCGAUAUGCGCCCACAUGCUGAGUCCAAGGGAGAAUGCUGGCUGCACUGUGUACCUGGGACACAUCUAUGUGGCUGGGGGCAAAGACGAGCUCAGCCUGGAGCUCUGUGCUGUCGAGCGAUUUAACCCAGACACCAUGAGGUGGACUCCUGUCAAACGGUUGAGGAGCAAGAGGGACAAUAUGUCCCUUGUUGUCUUCAGUGGAGCCUUGCUGGCUGUGGGAGGCUCCAAUGGUCUCACCACUCUGAAAACAAUAGAAGUGUACUGUCAUGAAACCAACUCAUGGAGACACUUUGGAAGCAUGAAGAGCAAGCAUCCAGGAGGGAAAGUGGCUGUGCUGUGCUGAGGCUCAACAAUGUUCGCAUUAUAUGAACAGGACAGAGGUGUUGGAGAGAUAUAGUCUAAUGGAUGUGCGCCAGCGUCCAGGACGCAUUGUGAUAUGUUCAAGUAAGGCAGAGUAAUGACUGAAUAAUUGAAGAGUUCACUCCAAAAUGAGACAGCGCUGUAUUAGUCAACGCUGGUAACUGCUGCUGCAAAAAUGACUGCGAGCAUUAAAUUAAAGCACAUUAUAGGCUACUGGGUUACCAUUAAAGUUGCGGGUCCUUUUAUGUCUCCGGCUUAAAAAACAGAUCUCUUUUAUAGAGAUGAGUCAGUGGCAAAUACAUUUCAGCUUGGAUUUUUUUUCCCCCUCCGAACGGGUGUGUGAGUCUGAUACUGACAGAUUUAUUUGAUUUGGGAGAAAAUCAAAUAAAGAUAUGUAAGUCAGUCGUAAUGUCAUUAACAAAAACACAUAACAUAAACAACCCAGAGCCAACCUAGAGAACAGAUAUUGGCUUAUCACAGAUAAACUGGUAUUGGUAUCAGUGUGUGAUGUAGGGGUUGACCGAUAUGGCUAUUUCAGGGCUUAUAUUGAUACCGAUUAUUAGAAAUCAGGGAGAAUGAAAAUCGAUAUUAGGGACAGUUUAUUCAAUUACUGCUCUUAAGUACAAUUUCUUGGACUUUACUUGAGUACUUUGAUUUUCUGCUACUUUAUUCUUCCUCUCUACAUUUAUUUGAAAUAUUUAGUUACUAGUUACUCUGCAGAAUUACAUUAUAAUGUGUUUAUAGGCUAUCAAUUGUGGAAUGUUACCAAUCAGAUAUUGCUGUGGGCGGGACAUUGCGUGAGAGGAUGCUGCAUCAGAGCCAGAGUAGCACAUUCUUAAACCACUUUCUUUAAUCAGCAACAGAAAAAUCACAUAUACCAAUGAUUGGAUAAAUGCUAAUAUGACAGUCAGCCAACACCUCAUAUGUUGUUCAUUGUUACAGAGAGGGAGAUUGCAGAAUAAUAUACAUGGAGUAACGUAUCAAUUCAAGGUUAUUGAUCAAAGGUUAUGUCAUUUUUGGACAGUAACAUUAAUUGUUACCCUGAAAAAAAAUUCUAUACAUAUCUCAUCUUUGUGUUUAAUGACUGCAUUUGAGGGACCAUUGCAAGAACUGUGUUUCUGCAUAUAGUCUUUGUAUUUAGCAAUAUCGAUAUCAAUAUAUUGGUCCCCAAAUUGCCAGUAUCGGUUGGGCUCUAUAACAAUCUUGAUACCUUUGAUUUUUUUGUUUUGUUUGAUUUUUAGUUUCCAUAGACAAAAAAAAGGUCUAAAAGGUUACAAAUGGAUUGGACAGGUAUGUGCCAAACAAGAUGGAGGUGAAAUAAAGCAGGUGUUUGGUUGAAGAAGGAUUUGCAGGUGACAAAAUACUUUCGUAUCUUAAGAUGGAAGUUGUAACCUAAAACUUGAUGUAUGGCACAAAGGAUGCUUUGAAGGUGAGAACCUUAGGUGGUUGUUGGAUGUGGAGAAAGUGUACUGAAUGUUUUCACAGUAACAAUGAUAUGGUCUGGAGAAUUGAUAAUGAUAAUGAUAAAGAUAGUUAUGUGUUUGAUUUCUCAUGAGUUUUUCUGAAUUGCUUCAAUCCACUGGAAACAUCUUCAAAUACAUUUUUUUCUUUGAAAUGUUAUCAGUCAUUUUAUGUGUACAUUGGCUUAUGUGAAUAUCUGCUAUGCCUUGUAAAUAACCCCUCAGCACAGACUGUAAACACAAUCUCUCCGUCAUGUUUCGUUAUUCAGCUUGUGUAAAUACCCAGCAAUCAAU